GUUCUUAAUUCUUAUAGAACGGCGGGGAGCAUAGAAGGAGAAGGAGAGAGAGAGAGAGAGAGAGAGAUUCUAUCACCAUCUUCUGCUUCCUCGGCAGGAAGAGGGAACAAUUUUUCUUGAGUGGCUUGCUUUACUAUAGAUGGAGCCAGGAGUUGAAAGUCUUCUCCUUGAUUGUUCUAUUCAUAAGAGUAGGCGGAUUUCAGGAUUUGAACCCUGCUUCUUGGCUUGGGUUUGUUCAAUUGAUGCGAUUGUUGCUGGAGUUUGAUUGAUUUUUUCUGGAUGGUUUCUGUUUAUUGGACUGGGGAAAUGGAGGAAGAAUGUAAAUCUUGGGUAAGAAGAACUAAUUUCUCCAACACUGUGUUUCACCGUUUGGGUUCUUCUUGGUUGCCAUCUAUUCCAUUCUCCUCCGAAUUUGAUCUUCGGGUAGGACCGACGACAAAGAAGCCAUAUUCAGAUUCCUCAAAGCUUUUGGCUUCAACCUCGUUGCCCGUUGAACGCAGGGUGGAAAAGAAUCAUAAGGAACAUACUUUGCGCUCUCAUAGUAGCUUGCCAUCUACAUCAUUCUCUUUUCAAUCUGAUGUUGGUAGCAGCAAAACUGCUAAGAGGUCUUGCGUGGGCUCUCCAUCUAUGGUGGUUCAUCCUGAGUAUUUUCUUAGGUCGCAUACAAUGAAUUUAGGUUUCAGAAUGGCUUUUGGUCCUUCUGUUGGAGUUCAAUUGGAUCGAAACUAUAGUAGAUCUGGUAGUUUGGUUGAUGGGAGUGAAGUUGGCUCGAAGUCCAAACAAAGAUCUGUUUCCCCUCUCCCAAGCACAGCCCUCUCUGAUUCCUUCAGGGAAGCCAGGGCUGAGAAGAAGAGGUUUUCAACCCCACCCCCUAGCAGGAAAGAAUCAGAUAAGGGAGCUUUUGACAGAGUGUUCUCAAGAGGAGCUCAUGAGAAUGACAUGUUUUCUCCCCUAUCUCCAUCUCAGGCAAGUCCUGUUCAGCACUUCUUUGGGAUGAGAAACUCAGAUAAGAUCAAGGGUAGAAAGGACACAAAUUGGACGAAAUAUUUUGACCAUGGAACAGGGAAGGUUGUUGCUGUGGAUCCUGUAGAGGAAUGGGCUGUUGAUCUUUCUCAGCUGUAUCUUGGUUUCAGAUUUGCCUGUGGAGCUCAUAGUAGAUUGUACCAUGGCAUCUAUAAAGACAAACCUGUUGCUGUCAAAAUCAUUCGGUUGCCUGGUGAUGAUGAGGAUGGAACUAUGGCUUCUCGACUGGAGAAGCAAUUUAGUAGGGAGGUUGAUUUUCUAGCUCAUUUGUAUCACCGCAAUGUGAUAAAGUUAGCAGCAGCCGGUAGAAAUCCUCCUGUCUUUUGCAUAAUUACUGAAUAUCUUUCCGGUGGAUCCUUGAGGGCAUUUCUUCACAAAUUAGAACAUGAAUCCCUUCCUCUUCAGAAACUUAUCUCCAUUGCACUUGACAUCGCUCGUGGAAUGGAGUACAUUCAUUCUCAAGGGGUUAUUCACCGUGAUCUGAAACCAGAAAAUAUUCUCUUUGAUCAAGACUUGUGUGUUAAGAUUGCUGAUUUUGGAAUUGCUUGUGAAGAGGCAUAUUGUGAUCCAUUAGCUGAGGAUCCUGGAACCUAUCGGUGGAUGGCACCUGAAAUGAUUAAACAUAAGCAUUAUGGAAGGAAAGUUGAUGUCUACAGCUUUGGGUUAGUUCUGUGGGAGAUGGUUACUGGCAGAAUUCCAUAUGAGGAUAUGACCCCGGUACAAGCAGCUUUUGCAGUGGUUGAUAAGAAUAUGAGGCCUGCCUUUCCACCGGAAUGCCCGGCAGCCUUAAGAGCCAUGAUAGAGCAAUGCUGGGCAUCAAUACCAGAGAAGAGGCCUGAAUUUUGGCAGAUUGUGAAGAUCUUGGAACAGUUUGAAUCUACUCUUUCUCAAGGAGGCACACUCAAUGUGGUCCAGAACUUUACUACCCAUGACCACAAGAAAUGGAUGCUUCAUUGGAUUCAGAAGCUCAAACCCCAUCCCCAUGCUCAUGGUUCAGGCCUUUUUGCUCCCAAACUCUUGUAAUCUUCAAUAUAUAUAUAUAUAUAUAUAUAUUGACUUGUUUGUUGAAUUUGUUCUCCUUUUUUGCUUCAUUUUAUUUCUUAUCCAGACAAGCCACAAAUUCAGAUGAAAAAAAUUGUGAGCUUGCACAUACUUGCUGUUUACAGGUGGAAGCUUGGAAAUACAUAAUUUUUAUGUUAUACUUAUGAGUUAUGUACAUUGAUGGCUGAUACAUUCAUUAGAAA